AUGCUCGCCGCGCUGGCUCUGGGCCCCGCCGCUUUCGCCACUCCUGCUUCGAGCCAUUCGUGCACUCAGGAGCUCGCAAGCUGGAUCAACGCUCACGGCGGGCGCGUUCACCUCGGCGCUGCCACCGUGGCCGGCCUGCGAGGCCUGGUUGCUCAGCGAAGCUCGGCCGUGGGAGACGUUCUGCUCGAGGUGCCACUGGAGUGUGUCCUCUCCACCGCCGGCGACGGCGCGCCGCUGCCGGCAGAGCCACCACCGUGGACCGCGUCGCUGCCGUGGAACGUCCAGCUGGCGCUCAGCGCUCUCGAGCGGGAGCGGGACGAGCACUGGCGGCCGUUCCUCCAGAGCUGGCCUGCAGAGUCGCCGGCCCUCCCGCUGCUCCUCGAGCCCGAGGCGCUCUCCGCCGCGCAGGACGACGCGUUCGAGGCCGACGCCGACGCAGCCUGCUUCUGGCUGCAUGAGCAGUACCUCGAGGCGUGCGACGCAGCAGAGGCGGCGGGCCUGGAUGCGCCCGCCGAGCCCGCCUUUCGGCGAGCGCUGCAGCUGGUGUGGAGCCGCUGUCUCCGCCUGCGCGCGGGCCCGCACGGCACACGCAGGCUGCUCGUCCCGAUGGUAGACCUGGCCAACCACGACGGCGUCGCGCCCGCCGCCCUCUUCGCCUUCUCUGCCGCGGGACGCCGCGGCGCGUGCGUGCGCCUCUACGCCGCGCGCCCUCUGGAAAAGGGGGACGAGGUGACAAUCACGUACGGCGACCACCCGAACGCCCACUUUGCGAAGUACUACGGCUUCGUGCCGCGCCACAACCCGCACGACACCGUGUCGGUCGCGCUGCCGCAGCUGCUCGAGCUCUCGGGCGCCGCGCCGCCCUCCGGCGCCUGCUGGGUGGAGACCAGCCAGCGGGUGGCUGCCCUGCUGAGGCUGGGCAGCGCCGGCUGUGUGCUCUCCGCACGCGCCGUUGACGCGCCGCGCCUGCUUCGAGACCUGCGCGGCUCGAUGCUGCAGCUCGCGGUCGCGGGGCCGAGUGGCGCGCCGGCUCGGAUGCGCGCGCUGCAGCGCCCGCCGCCCCUCUACCCGCACCUCGAGGCGCUCCCUCCUGGUGCGCUCGAGGCGUGGGCGAGCCGGGCCGCGAGCCGGGCGUCAGAUUAG